AUGUUGUAUGCAUCUGCAAGAAUUUACCAGAAAAAUGCCAAAGGACCAGAAAAAAAUUCACAAGAGAAUUCUCCAAAAAAAAAAAACACCAAAGGAACAGAAGGAUAUCCACAAGGAAUUCAUCAGAAAAACGCUGAAGGACUAGAGGGAAAUCCACAAGAGAAUUCUUCAAAAAAAAUUGCCAAAGGACCAGAAGGAAAUCCACAAGAAAUUUACCAGAAAAACACUGAAGGACUAAAGGGAUAUCUACAAGUAAUUCACCAGAAAAACACCGAAGGACCAGAGGGAAAUCCACAAAAAGAAUUCUCCAAAAAAAAGUCAAAAUAUUCACAAGAAAUUCAACAGAAGACCGCUGAAGGACCAGAGGAAAAUCCACAAAAAAAUUCUUCAAAAAAAAAUGCCGAAAUACUAGAAGAAAAUUCACAAGGAAUUCACCAGAAAAAUGCUGAAGGACUAAAUGGAUAUUUACAAGGAAUUCGCCAGAAAAAUGUCGAAAAACCAGAGGGAAAUCCACAAAAAGAAUUCUCCAAAAAAAAAAUGUCAAAAUAUUCACAAGAAAUUCAUCAAAUGACCACUGAAGGACCAGAGGAAAAUUCAUAA